AUGAAUACUCAUACAGUACUUGCUAUUAUUUUAACUGUUUUUACAUUAAAAGUCGAAUUUUUGGUGGACCCAUUCACUGGCGCUUUGAUUGCCACGGGCGCUGGCUUAUAUUUUGGAGACAAUAAAGUCAAAUGUUCGGAUUAUGAAUGCUGUAACGAUCACUACAUUGAUUAUGAUUUGACACGAUUAGAUGAUGCCCUUGAAAAAAAUCUCUAUGGGCAACAUAUCGCUUAUGAUGUUGUAGUGAGUGCCCUCCGUGCUCACGUAAAAUCAGGUCAUAGCCCAAAAGCUCUAACGAUGAGCUUCCAUGGGACUCCAGGCACGGGAAAAAACUUUGUCACCCAAAAUAUUGUUAAGAAUUUUUAUAAAGAAGGCGCUAAGAGCAAGUACUUUUAUUUUUUUAGCGGGAGACUGAGCUUUCUUUUGCAGAAUAUGGUGGCUAUGUACCAGGAUUCAAUUAUUAAUAGUCUUGUGGAGUGUCCACAAUCUAUAUUUGUCUUUGAUGAAGUAGAUAUGAUGUCACCAGGAAUUUUAAAUGUUCUCGUGCCAUUCAUGGAGUACUCGACAGUCCAGAUUUUCCAUCGCGGCAAGCGCGUUAAUGUGGAAACAAACAAAGCAAUAUUUAUAUUUCUAUCUAACACCGGAAUCCAAGAGAUUGUCGAGACUUUGCAUCAUUUGUGGCAGAGCGGAAAGAAACGAGAAGAAAUGAGUCUCUCGGACUUUGAAGAGUUGGUAUCUAAUGGAGCAUUCAAUGAGAAAGGAAGUUUUUAUAAAAGUGACACGAUAACUACUAGUUUAAUUGAUCACUACGUGCCAUUUUUGCCACUGGAAUCUGAGCAUGUUGAAAAAUGCAUAGAAGCGGCUUUUAGAGAACGCGGUAGAAGUCCCUCUGCUCAGCAGAUCCAAGAUGUUAUGAGUCACGUGACUUUCAUUCCACCUUUGGAAAUUUUUGCCAAGAGCGGAUGCAAAAGAAUUGAGCAGAAAGUCGCUAGUAAUAUUUAUCGUCGCUCGUCAAAAUAAUUAUUCAUGCAAAAUGUGAUAAAUAUAAAUUUAUAAUAAGUAUUUUUCAAGAAAGAUAACAUUAUAUUUUUCACAACAAA